UGGGCCAAGAUGCGUUAAAAAAAUAUGCAAAUCUAGUUCUGCAGAAAUAUUCUAAUUAUCUCAGAAGUUGGAAUAUCGAAGAGCGGAGCUCAUGCCAAGGCAUAGAAAAAAAAUCUCAAUAUUUCGUAUACUUUAGCCGGAAAGCAUAUCUAGAAUGUCCACUAUGCAAUCGCAUACACGACAAAGAUCAGCGGUGGUUUGGUCGUGCAUAUGGUAAUGGGUCAUUCGUUGUGAAAUGUUUCCAACAAAAUCGAGAUGAACGGGGGGUAAUUUUCAAUGACCCAUCUAUUGCAGAAAAAGUCCAGCAAAAAAAUAAUAUUCCACCACCCGUUAUACGUAAGGUAAAGGGCCCGAAAUUUCCAUGGCCUUUCUUAGAAAUGCCAGCUUGGUUUAAUUGUGAUUCCCCUCUUACUGCAACAGAAAUAUAUGAGGAGCAAUAUGUAAAAUCUUUACCCGAGGCGAUGUAUAUGUAG